AUGUCAUCGCUAUCAUACUACUCCCGACCCGGCCGGGGUCAGCACUGGCAACAGCAGUUUGGCUUCAGCGAGGCCUGCAUCAUUGGAGAUCGGAUGGAAGUCGCGGGGCAGACGGGCAUGGCCCCCGACUCAACCACCAUCCCCGCCACGCUCGAAGAAGAAGUCGCACAAGCCUUCGCCAACAUCAACGAGGUCAUCCUCUACGCCCUGGAAAAAUCUAACCACCCGGCCCGGUCGAACGCACCUUCAAAGACGGGCUGGGACUUUGUCACCCGCGUCCGGACCUACCACGUCAACCUGCCCGAGACGCGCGACCGGAUCAUCGGGCUGAUGGUGCAGAACGUCAAGAAGUGGUGUCCGAACCACCAGCCGACGUGGACGAUGAUCGGCGUGCAGUCGCUGCCCUUUCCGGAGCAGAAUGUGGAGAUCGAGGUGGAUGUUUACUUGGGAUGA